CCGUCGUUUUAUCCAUUUUCCUUCACCCAACUUAUUCGUCUGAUUGUCUUCUUCUUCUUCUUCUUCUUCCUCAAUCGUUUCCUCGAAUCUCUCUUCCCGGGAAAAUUGUUAUCUUUCCAUAGAAAAUGGUAGAUUCCGGGAAAGAGUUUUUGAUGUUAGAUAGCUACAAUAGUAUCCCAUGGUUAAUUUGGAUCCAAAUGUUCGUCUUCGUCCUCCUCUUACUCCUCCUUUGCGUCGUCGGAAUCUUCUCCUUAGAUAUCGGAGAUAACAAUUUCUCAUCUUCUGAUUCUGUUCCUUCUACAUCUGGUUCGUCUCUUUCUAAGCGAUUUCUUUCUGGAAAUCCGAUUCCGAUCAGCCACCAUGGUUUGGGGUUUUCCGUCAAUUCAAGUCUCAUACAGUCUCAUCAGAUUGGAAGCUCUCAAAGCAUAAAAGGAGAGAUAACACCAGCUGUAACAAGGAGAGUGACAAGAACAGAGGAAGCAGAAGGUUCGUUGGACAAAGAUUCAAGUCAUAGUUUGCAACAUCCAUGUACUUUGUUUAGGCUGGCAGGAUCUGCAUUUCUAAAAUGUUUCGGGAUUGACCGGAGUACAGAAGAAACCGAGGAUUCUUUGAGACAAGAAUCUAAGAAAGAGAGAUGAUUGAAGCUCUUUGUGAAUAGAAGAAGAGAGAACAUACUAUAACACGUUUUUAUUAUGUGUUGAUCGUAGCAAUCGAGUAGGAAGAGAUUGAAGAAACUUGUAAAGUAGUA